AUGCAAUCCGGGUCCUCAUCGUCGUCCUACGUCUCCUCAUCUCUAGCUGUCCCGUCCCUCAGUCGAACACAUUCACACCUCACGCAAACUCCAACAAGCUCCUCCGUCUCCGCUGUGACUUACGAGCCCUCGUUCCGGGUCACAUCACUCCGUCCCUUGGACCUCGGGCCCCCGGGCUACCAGGCUACCAUUACCCUUUUCGAGCGCACACCGCACGAGCGCACAGUUUAUCUUGGACCAUGGGAGGUAUUAGAGGGCGACACCCGCCGAGUUGUCUGGCAGAGCAGCUACCAAGGCGAGAUCUUGGAACAAUUCCGCCUCCCAGCACAGGCGCAACCUGUCACGCUACAUGGCCAGCAUCGGCCCUAUUCCGACCCAGCGGAGAUGGAGCUGUUUGUCACAUUCCGAGAGCCAUACAGGAUACGAUAUACCACCGCCGACGGUACGGUGGUCCAUGACGAAGUGAUCGAAGUGAGAUAUGAGUUCACUUCGAUCGAGGGCUCGAUGCGAUUCCAGGGCGACCUACGAAGACAGGACUUUGUCGACUACUUCGACGUUGAUGUUGUCUUCUCCGAUACCCACGGCAGGACGGACUCACUAACAGGGGCCGUACGAGGCAUGGCGACAAUACAGAGAAUCAAAUUGUGGAGGGACCGGCUCUCCUUGCACCACUGCCUUACCUUCUAUUCGAACAAGCCGUCGAAUCGGCGCGAACGGCGGUACCGAGAAUAUCAUGUCACCGACUUCCAAGAGGAGCUCAAGAAUCGCGACGACAAGCACAAGGAGUGCCGGCUAGGCGCGAUAGGCAGACGCGGGAGCGCGCCCAAUGCCGUCCGCGCGAGGAGCUUCUCCCUCUCGUCGCCGUCCUCGUGGCGAAGCAAGCAGAGGUCGGCAGAACGAGGCUCGGAUGCGGGCCAGAUAUCCACGACGACCGUGCCGCUGGAUAUUCGCUGGCUGGGGGUCCGCUUCACGCGAGAAAGUGACUACCGCCGCUUCGUUGACCAGUGGACCUUUUGCCACAUCGCAGACGCCGCACUGCGCGGGAUGCCGUUUGCACCGAACCGCAUCGAGCUCCCCAUGCCUGCGCUGCGAUCGGGCCAGGUAGCAUACGAGCUCGACGCGACAGAGGCUGCCAGGAGCCUACCAAAUAUACCAACUGUGCUGGGGCCAGGGAACAGCGACGGCGGAUCCUGA